AUGGCUGCGCAGUCGACUCUCCGCCACUCGGCGGCCGAGGAGGCCAUCGCCGCCUUCAUUGACAAGUACAGCGACCUCAUCCGGACGCGACUGCGCAACACCUCUCGCACGACCCGCCUGCUGGCCACCCUUGCCCUCGCGACCUCGAUCAUCCUGAGUGCGGAGGGAGGGCGGAGAUGGUGGAAGUCGAGACGGGACGAGAAGGAGCAGGGCCGGAAGCUGGUCCGGACCAAUUCCUGGCUACACAACAAGGAUGGCUCGCGGACCAUCUACGUGCCCUACAAGGACAGCACUUCCAAGGUUGUCAUCCACGGGACCAAGCCGCUCACCUUCGAUGCCCACCGCCGCCUCUUUCUGAACCCGCCUCGCGUGUCGGGACUGGGCGACGGCGUGGUGCCGGCAGCCCAGACCAAGCCCGGGCUCAACCUGGCCUUCCUCCACCAGUUCCUCAGUCUCAUGAGCAUCAUGAUCCCUAGGUGGAACAGCAAGGAAGCAGGCCUUCUGCUAAGCCACGGUGGCUUCCUCAUUCUGCGCACAUAUCUAUCGCUGGUCGUCGCCCGCCUCGAUGGCGAGAUCGUGCGCGACCUCGUGGCAGGCAACGGCAAACAAUUCCUUUGGGGGAUCACCAAGUGGUGUGGGCUGGGUGGCAUUGCUUCAUACACCAACGCAAUGAUCAAAUAUCUCGAGUCCAAGGUCUCCAUUGCCUUCCGCACGCGUCUCACGCGAUACGUUCAUGACCUUUAUCUGAACGAAAACCUCAACUACUACAAGCUGUCCAACCUGGAUGGCGGAGUCGGCCAAGGAGCCGAUCAAUACAUCACCCAAGACCUCACCCUCUUCUGCGCUGCCGCGGCGAACCUCUACUCCUCUCUAGGAAAGCCAUUCGUCGACAUAUGUGUCUUCAACUACCAACUCUACCGCUCCUUGGGACCGCUAGCUCUGACAGGCCUCCUGAGCAACUACUUCCUGACUGCAAGCAUCUUGAGGCGCCUGUCUCCGCCUUUUGGCAAGCUCAAGGCCGUGGAAGGCCGCAAAGAAGGCGACUUUAGAAGCCUUCACGCCAGGUUAAUAGCCAACGCCGAGGAGGUCGCCUUUUACGGAGGUGCGGAUAUGGAGAAGUAUUUCCUAAACAGAGAGUUCAAGUCACUCAAGAACUGGAUGGAGGGCAUCUACAUGCUCAAGAUCCGCUACAACAUCUUGGAGGACUUCAUCCUCAAGUACAGCUGGAGCGCGUACGGCUACCUUUUGUCAUCUCUCCCGGUCUUCCUGCCCGCCUGGGGUGGUCUCGGCGGUGCUACAGAGAUCGCCGAGCAGGUUGCCAACUCGAGCAGAGAGCGCAGUCGCAUGAGGCAUUUCAUCACCAACAAGCGCCUGAUGCUGUCCCUGGCCGACGCUGGGGGCCGGAUGAUGUACUCGAUCAAGGAUUUGGCAGAACUGGCCGGCUACACUAGCCGCGUCUACACUCUCAUUUCGACCAUGCACCGCGUGCAUGCUGACGCGUACUAUGUGCGCGGCCGCGAGAACGAGCUCUACUCGCUCUCCGACGUCCAAGGCACAAUGCAAAAGGGCUUUGAUGGAGUUCGCCUCGAGAACGUGCCUGUCGUCGCGCCGGGUCUCUGGCCUCAGGGAGGUGACGAGCUGAUCGAAUCUCUGUCUCUGAUUGUGCGCAGGGGCGAGCACCUGCUGAUAUCAGGGCCCAACGGCGUCGGCAAGAGUGCCAUUGCGCGCAUCUUUGCGGGCUUGUGGCCCGUCUACAGGGGUCUGGCAAGUCGUCCCAAGGCCACCGGGGAGGAUGGCAUCAUGUUUCUGCCUCAGAGGCCGUACCUCACGAUCGGCACUCUCCGCGACCAGGUCAUCUACCCGGACGGCGAGGCUGACAUGCGAGAGAAGCGGAAGAACGAGCACGAUCUCAAGCGCGUCCUUGAAGACGCUCGCCUGGGCUACCUGCCUGACCGCGAGGGCGGCUGGGACACGCGCAAGGAGUGGAAGGACGUCCUCAGCGGCGGCGAGAAGCAGAGGGUCGCCAUCGCCCGCCUGCUCUACCACGAGCCGCAGUACGCUUUCAUCGACGAGGGCACUAGCGCUGUGUCCAGCGACGUGGAGGGCUUGCUAUACGAGACGUGCAAGGAGAAGGGCAUCACUCUGAUUACCAUCUCGACCCGUGCCUCGCUCAAGAAGUACCACACUUACAACCUUGUGCUGGGCAUGGGCGAGCACGGAGACGAGUGGGCUUUUGAGCGCAUCGGCACGGAGCGGGAGAAGAUGCACGUGGAGAAGGAGCUGGCUGACCUGCGCGAGCGCCUAGCCCAGGUCGAGGAGUGGAAGAGGAGAAGGGAUGAGAUUGAGAAGGAGCUGGCCCAGGUGUGGGUUGAAGGAGGCGAUGCUCUCAGCCCGCCUGUGCAGGCGGAAGUCACUGGGCCGGCGGCAGAGGAGACUCAGCCGUAG